UGCAUGCCGAGUCAUCGAUCGCGAGUUCCCGAGCGGCCUGGCUCCGCGCAGGUCGCCAGCCGCCCGCUCGCGGGGUGGGCUCUAGGGGGGCGCCCUCAAAAGAGGGGCGGAGCGCUCAUGUUCCAGAGACCGGCAGGCAGGGCGGCUGCCGCGGCGAGGCCUGGUCCGUUACUCCGCAGCAUCCCCAUAGCUCCGGUAGUCGCAGUUCCGGGGCCGCCGCCGCUUGAGCGGGAGCUGCCCGACUGCUCCGUCGUCACCGUCGCCGCCUCGGGGUCCGGGCCACUGGAGCCUCUUGCCGCCGCCAUGAAGCUGCGGGUCCGGCUUCAGAAGCGGACCUGGCCUCUGGAGGUGCCAGGAGCGGAGCCGACGCUGGGGCAGCUGCGCGCGUACCUGAGCCAGGCCCUGCUGCCCACCUGGGGGUACAGUUCUGAUACCCGGUUUGCAAUUACAUUGAACAACAAGGAUGCCCUCACUGGAGAUGAAGAGACCUUGGCUUCAUAUGGGAUUGUUUCUGGGGACUUGAUAUGUUUGGUUCUUGAAGAUGCCAUUCCAGCACCUAACUUACCUUCAUCCACAGAUUCAGAGCAUUCCUCACUCCAGAAUAAUGACCAACCCUCUUUGGCCGCCAGCUCCAGUCAAUCCAGCAUACAGGAUGAACAACUGAGUGAUUCAUUCCAAGGACAGGCAGCCAAAUCUGAUGUCUGCAAUGAUGACAGUAUGUCAGGGCCCAGUCAGAAUUUUGAAGCUGAGUCAAUUCAAGAUGUUGUGGAUAUGGAAGAGGGCACAGGUUUCUAUCCCUCAGAACCAAUGCUCUGCAGCGAAGCGGUGGAAGGGCAAGUGCCACAUUCAUUAGAGACUCUGUAUCAGUCAGCUGACUGCUCCAACCCCAGUGAUGCCCUGAUAGUAUCGAUACACCUUCUCAUGUUGGAGUCGGGUUACAUACCUCAGGGGACUGAAGCCAAAGCUGUGUCCAUGCCGGAGAACUGGAGGUCGGGGGGCGUGUAUAAGCUGCAGUACACACAUCCUCUCUGUGAGGGCGGCUCUGCUGCUCUCACCUGUGUGCCUUUGGGAAAUCUCAUCGUCAUAAAUGCUACACUAAAAAUCAACAAUGAGAUUAGAAGUGUGAAAAGACUGCAGCUGCUGCCAGAAUCUUUUAUUUGCAAAGAGGAAUCAGGGGAAAAUGCAGCCAAGAUAUACAAAGAUCUUCAGAAGCUCUCUCGCCUCUUCAAAGACCAGCUGGUGUAUCCUCUUCUGGCUUUUACCCGACAAGCACUGAACCUACCAGAUGUAUUUGGGUUGGUAGUCCUCCCACUGGAGCUGAAACUAAGGAUCUUCCGACUUUUGGAUGUUCGUUCUGUCCUUUCUUUGUCUGCAGUUUGUCACGAUCUCUUCAUUGCCUCAAAUGACCAACUUCUGUGGAGGUGUUUAUAUCUGCGGGAUUUUCGAGAUGGUACCGUCAGAGGUCGAGACACAGACUGGAAAGAACUGUACAGGAAGAGGCACAAACAAAGAAAAGAAGCUCAGAGAGGGCGGCAUGUGAUGUUCCUGCCAUCGUCACCCCACCCCAUUCCAUUCUAUCCCAAUCCAUUGCACCCCAGGCCUUUUCCUCCUAGUUCUCUCCUUCCUCCAGGAAUUAUUGGUGGUGAAUAUGAUGAAAGACUAACACUUCCCUAUGUUGGGGACCCAAUCAAUUCACUCAUCCCUGGGCCUGGGGAGACACCCAGCCAGUUCCCUCCACUCAGACCACGUUUUGAUCCAAUUGGCCCACUUCCAGGACCUAAUCCCAUCUUGCCAGGGCGAGGUGGCCCCAGUGACAGAUUUCCCUUAAGACCCAGCAGGGGUCGGCCAACUGACAACCGGCUGCCAUUCAUGUGACUGAUUUGUAAUCUCACUCUGGAGCUUGUUCUGGUUUUUAAAAAAACUACAGGUGUCAUCUUGUUGGGGUGUUGAUCUCUAGUGUUUUCUGAUUGUGGUGGUGAGAAAUGCACUCACAGAAGCCUUUUGGUAGAUAUAUUUAAAGCUCCAGGGGUGACAUGGCCCAAAGGGCAUGACAGGGUUGGCCUUGGGAAUAACAGGUUACUGUCAUCUCUCUUCUGAACCUUCUAGAAUGAAGGUUGUUCACUGAUAGUGUUCUAUACCAGAAUAAAAAAAAAUUAAGUGUAAAUUA